UUAUUUUGCUUAACCCUGAUCUUUAGCCAGGUUUACAUGAGGGUUCCUCAUCUUUUUGUCUAGAUAACAUCCCUAGCUCAAGGUAUAGAUGAGAAAGUAGUAUUUGGGUAUUUUUCUCCAGUUCUAGAGCUUUCGACAAAGCCUAAGAACUUCCAGAUCCAUGCAGGAUUGAAUUGAGAAGUCUUAUAGAAAACUUUAGCAAAGUUCCUUUAGUGGGCUUUUAUCUUUUUCAGAUUUUAGGGUGUUAGUGUUAUCAUUUGUUUAUUGAUGGCAGUUCAGAUGAUGGUGGAUUACAGCAGUGGCAGCAAUAGUUUUGCAAGAAUGGGCAAGGAUGAAGAUGUGAGAGAAGCUGCAUCUGCAGGCCUGGAGAGCAUGGAAAGGCUCAUCAGGCUUCUGUCACAGCAGCAAUAUAGUAGUUCUAGUACUGCUGGAAGUAGCAUGAGUUCUAAUAACCAGAUGGACAUGGAUUGUAGCACUGUUGCAGAUGUUGCAGUUAAUAAGUUCAAGAAAGUGGUGUCUUUGCUUGGCAGGACUGGGCAUGCCAGGUUCAGAAGAGGUCCUAAUGUCAAUGGGCCUCAAAUACCAACACCAUUAUUAUUUUCUGGAGCCUCAGUGGGAGAACCCAAUACAAGUUUGUGUGAUAUUAAUGUUUCCACCAGUCACACCAACAAUCCCAGGCCUAUCAAUGGGAGUGACAAUGUUUAUGGUGACGAUGUUGCUAGAAGCAACAAUACCCUGUUCCAUCCCACUCCCAAGCCAAUACAGAUUGCUAGGACUCAGCCAAAACCUCAGGCACAGUCUCUGUCAAGACCUCAGCCACAUCCCCUGUCAAAGUCUCAGCCUCUCUCAAGACCUCAACCACAGCCCCUCUCAAAGCCUCAGGGCCAGCCACUGUCAAAGCCUCAACCCCAGCCUCAGCCUCAGACCCUUUCCUUCCCCUCUGUGCAGAGGAAUUGUGUGAAUCCUGCUGGCUCAGAUUUCUAUAUGGAUUCAAGCAAGCCUGCACCACCAACAACAAUAGAUUUCUAUGGUCAGAAGAAAGAGUGCCUCAGCUCUUCCCCUCCUCUGUCUACAAAUUCAUUUAUGUCAUCCAUCACUGGUGAUGGAAGUGUUGUUUCCAAUGAUAGACCGCUCUCUUCCUCUUCUGUUCCUGUUCCAUCUGUGCCUCUUAGCAGUGGCAAGCCUCCCUUGUCUCAGUCCAAGAAGAGAUGCCAUGGCCAGUCUGACGAUGGUACUACUGGAAGCAAAUCAUGUGGGCCUACUGGAAGAUGCCAUUGCUCCAAGCGCAGGAAAUCCAAGGUGAAAAGGACCAUCAGAGUUCCUGCAAUCAGUGUCAAGAUGGCAGAUAUUCCACCAGAUGAAUACUCUUGGAGAAAAUAUGGUCAAAAACCUAUCAAGGGUUCUCCACAUCCAAGAGGAUACUACAAGUGCAGCAGUGUCCGGGGUUGCCCUGCUAGAAAGCAUGUAGAAAGAGCCUUGGAUGACCCAUCCAUGCUGAUUGUGACCUAUGAAGGCGAGCAUAAUCAUUCUCUUUCCAUGUCUGAAAUCUCAGGCCUCCUUGUAAAUACUUGAGGUCUCUUCUUGAUUGGUCUCUGAUGGCAUGCAUAAAGAAUGGCAAUCAAAGGCUAGCAUCUGUGCAGAGGUCUAUUCUCAAGUACAUAUGUGGAAGAUCCUGCAUGGGAAUACAGCCAACUGAUAUGGGUCAACACCUUCUAUGGUAACCUCCAUUGAGGUUUUUUUGGAUCUAUUGCCCAAAGAUGGACAUAAGAAAAUCUUGUAUAGGGCUGUUUCUCCAAGAUAUUUUAAAUUUUUCUUUACUAGCUGUAACAAUCUCUGAGACUUCUGUCUUAAUUCACUGUAAGAAUUGAAAGAGUUCCGAAUUGAAAAGUGUUUGUAUUAAAUUGCUGAUCAAAGCUACAAUACCAUUGAAUCAUUGACUUCUUUCUGUUAUC